AGUGUAUGGGAGGACAAGAUGCGUGUCAUCCUUUGUGUUUUGCUGGCAACCGCCUGGAUUUUAGCUGAUGCCGACGAAGAGAGGGGCUCCAAGCUACCAUUUGUGGCUGAUUCAGUCGGUAAUACGCUACCUCCGCCGCCCAACCUGCCUGCGUCUGUUGGUAGUCCAGUCAAUCUAUUGACUCCUGAUCGCUAUGAGUUCUACACUUUCGACGAAUCCGGAGAAUUAGUGAAGAGGUUAAUGACUUUAGAAGAAAUUCAAGCUAUAGUAGCUGCCGGAGAAGAAGGAGACGGCUUAGUUACGUUUGCUAAUGACAAACAACCAACAAUAGCUUUUAAUUUCAGUCAACCGCCUUCUACUAAAAUUCACAGCGUCGUGACCAAUGUGCAAAACGUACUAAAAGCGCAAAUCGAAGCCCACAAAAACAAACCAAUGGUACAGCCAACAUUUGAUACUCCGGAUGUAUCGGAUUCGUGGAGUCUUAUUUUACCGUCGAUAUUUGGAAAUACUGGUAUCGAUAUUGUACCCGAUAAAACUUCAGAAGCUUUUACUACGCCUGAAAUAGAAACGCUAGAAUUUGAGAAACAAAACGAUCAAGACUUAGAAGACAAUUCCCUAAGCAAAGAAGGUAAUCAUCAACUAAAUACAAUUUCACAGGAAAAAGAUCAGAUUUUGGUCAACAACGAUGAGCCAGCAAAGGAACAUGUUAGUUUCGAUUCGAUUAAUAAAGCUCAUAAUAUUACUACUACUAGCACUACCACUGUUACUACCACGACAACUACUACUCCAGGUACUACUCCGACUACUACUACACCUAUUCCUACCUCUACGACUACUACGUCUAUUCCUACCUCUACUACUACUACACCUAUUCCUACCUCUACUACUACUACUACUACUACACCUAUUCCUACCACUACGACUACUACACCUAUUCCUACCACUACAACGACACCUAUUCCUACCACUACAACUACACCUAUUCCUACCACUAAACGUAAUUCCAUUCCUACUACUAUCACCACUACGGCUACUUCUACUACUAUUACUCCACCUACAACUACUAGUACAACAAGUAAGCCAACUACAACAACAGAAUUUCUAAAGACGACCACAAAUAAAGUAGUGUCAACAAUUAAAAAUAAAAUAACAAAACCUACCACAAUAACCACUACUAAAAGACGUACAACUACAACUUUUAAACCAAUUACAACAACAACUUCAGCGUCAGAAACAACUAAGUCUAGUCUGACGAAAAUCACUACCGUGCAACCAAUACCAACUACAACAACGAAAUAUUCAUCAUUAUCUAGUAUAAAUACUGAUACUGAAGAUUUUAUGCAACAAAGAACCACUGAAAAGGCAAUUUCAACUACACAAAAUAUAAGUGAACAAAAAUUGAGCACUUUCAUUCCUAUUUCCACAAAGAACUACGUAACUGAAAGAACAACACAGAAACCAGUUGAAACUACUAAAUCUACAUUCAUCACCGAUCAGAACGCUCAAAUGUCAGCUUUAACCACGAAAGCAACAACUUCUAAACCACUAAGCAGUACAAUUAGUUACAGUUCUUCUACAAGCAAUGACUUGGGAAGAAAUAAUGUAACCACGUUAACUACACAGUCUGUAUCGCCUUCUACAGGAGUUUCGUCAACUGAAUUUUUGGCACCAGAAAACCCUACUAUAUUCAAUAAUUUCUUAAGCAAUAAUAUCCCUGUAAGUACAAAUGAACAUUUUAACAACAAUGAUAAUGAACCAAUGAUACCAUUAUUCGACGUGGCGCAAAGUAUUAGCCAGAUUGCCACUGACCUUGGCAAUAAUUAUCAACCUAUGCCGACUGUUACGAAUAUGCUUGAUAACACUAAAAUGGAGGAAGACGGCUUGGAGAGCAAGGAAACAUUGGAUAUUGAUAUACCAACAGCAACUGAUAAUGAAAAUAACGUAAAACCAAAUAAUUCGACAAAAACAGAUGAAAGUAAUUUCGUGAAAAUUUCCACUUUAAUUCCCGAAUCUGAAAAGGAUGACAAGUUUAAAAAUACCGGUGAUUUUGACUUUAGUAAAAGUGAAGUAGUCACAGAUUCAGCUACUGAUUUGAUCACAACAAUCUCAGAUAAUGCUACGUUCGAUCCAAUUAUGAAUGAAUCGAUUGACGAUUUAUUAUCACAAGUUUCAAAUGAAGUUCUUCAGCCCAUCGUAACAUCAGAUGUAAAUAGCCUAAAAACUACUACCGUUGAAACAAGUUUUGAUACAACAACUGACUUGAGUGAUUCUGAAGUUGUUACUUCAACAAUAGUAGCUUUAAGUACUGAAAUACCAACAAGUACUCAGCCUACUGUAGAUGAAAUGACAAUUGGAAAUGAGAUUCCUACCAACAGCUCACCAGAAGAUACUACUGAUCGCAAUUUUGAAAAUGAAAAACAAGAAAUUUCAGAAAAUAUUGACGAAGAAAAGUUCGUUCAAAUUUCUGUUUCUGGAAAUAACGAUUCCCAAAAACCAAAUGAUGACAUUUCACCUGAGAAAGUCGAAAAAAUUGAAGAAAAUAAAGAUCAGGAGCUAACGACCACAGCUUCAACUCAAGAGUCAACUACAGUAGUAAUCACUACUAUUGAAACAUCUACUGUAGCUAGUAAUACCAUGAUUAAUUUGGCUAUAGAAAAUAAUACCAAGACAAAUCUUAAAGAAAAAUUGAAUAAAAAAGAUACAGAAAAGCAAAAUGACGCAAAAUACGAGCCAUUACCAAAAUUUGAUGAAUUUAAAAAGAAAAUUCAAAAAGUAAAUAUUGCAGAUGAGGAAUUGGUAAACGAACGAAAUAGUUCUUGGAAAUUGAUUCCUACUGUGUCUCCUUCUAAAGGGGAUGAUAUUUCAAAAGAAAGUAACAAGCUAGAAAAUAAUUAUGGCUCUGACAAUAAUGAUAAUAAAGACAUUGUCUUAGAGUUUUCUAAAGAAAACCAAGGAUUAGAAGUAACAACAAAAGAUUUGGGUGCUGACGUUGCUCAAUUUGUUGAAUUAUGUAAUGAACUUGCAUUUAGAUACUGGAAUGUAUUGGUAGAGAAUAUAGAUAAAAAGAGAAGUUUUGUUCUGUCACCUUACUCUAUAACUUCGAUGCUCGCUAUGAUGUUUAUGGGAGCUAGAGGCGCUACGUCUGGAGAAAUGAACGAGAUACUUAAAUUAGAUGACAUGGUAACAUUUAAUCCUCACUUUACCUUAAAAAAUAUUUCCGAUUCGAUUGAAACAAGUCCAGAAUCUGGAAUAAUUGUAUCAGCAUUUAUAAGAGAGCUGUACAGUGAUAGAACCAAAGGAAAGAUAUUGACUUUCUAUAAAGAAAGGGCGCAGCAUUUCUACAAUGGGCAUGUAGAAGAAGUUAACUUUAAAUUGAUAAGUGACAUUAUCCGACGUCGAACUAAUCUACUUGUGAAGAGAUACACUUGGGGCAAGAUAGCAGAAUACAUGAAAACUAACAGCAUUGUUAUGCAACCCCCGCUAGCUGCCUUUUCAGCAAACAUAUAUCAGACGGAUUGUACUGGCACUUCAACGGACGGCAGAGACGGCGAGAUGUAUUUCGUGGUAUCGCCCAAUGUGCGUCAACGUCGGCUCGUUCCGGUGCCUGCUGUAGUUUAUAAGAAAGGAUUUUUGGCUGGCUACGAUCCUAUUCUGGAUGCUACAGCUGCUGCGUUAGGAAACACCAACUCCAUAGUUAGCACCUUCUUCCUAAUGCCUGGUCAACAAGGAAACGUUGUUCAUGGUGAGGACUUAGAAAGACUGGAACGGAGACUUUUGGAUGCUAGUCCUUCCACUCCCUCUUGGAAUCGUCUUCUUAGAACACUGCUACCUAGAAUUGGAUUAGAGCUUCAGAUUCCAAGAUUUUCGCACAAAUCAGUUUUUAAUGUUUCAUCAAGCUUAAGGAAAAUGGGAUUAAAAGAUUUGUUCGAUGCGGACCAUGCUGAUUUAGGAGGUCUUAAUGGUCCUUCAAAGGACUUGUUCCUUUCUGACAUGAUACAAAUGACGAGCUUUGUGACGUGCGGUGAAGGAAUCAUCGGUGAACAACAUCAUGUUGAGGAAUAUCCUGAAACUACCCGUCCUGGACAAAGGCGUCGUACUUCAAGAUGGGCUAAUUAUUGGGACGAGCCUAGGGAUUAUCAAAGGGCUUUCCAUGACCCCCAUGACGUUGGAGACGCAAUGAAUUUGCCGCUGCAUCUUCGUCCAAGACAGGCCCGUUUACCAACAAGAAGCACUCAACCAGCCAGAUUAAAAUUCGACAGGCCGUUCUUAUACUUUGUGAGGCACAAUCCUUCGGGUAUGAUAUUGUACGUAGGUCGUUAUAAUCCAAGGCUCCUACCUUAAAGUCGGAAAAUGACUAUUCAGUUAGCUUAAUGAAACAUUCCUAUGAGGAAAGUGAUCGAGAUACUGGUGCGUGUGAUAAUAUUGCGAAAGUUAUUGAGCAUUUACGUGACAGUAUUAGUGUGUUUGGUGCAUUGUACGCUUUUAAUUGUAAGAUUGUUUACAUCAUUUAUUCGAUAUUUCUUUUUAGUGUUAAAUGACUUUAGUAUAUUUAGAAAUAUUAUUUGUGGGGAUUUAGAAUAAUUGUGUUAUAAACGAAUUGGGUAUGGCCAUGAUUUCCAUUACAUUGCACAGCCACUAUGUAUCUAUUCCAAUUUCAUUUUAGAUUUGUAUAAAUAAUGGUACUUAGAAAGGAUUUUACUGUAGUUUUUUCUUUAAUUGUAAUUACAGUUAAUGCUUAAUAUAUUUAGGGUAAUUGGAAUGCACUGCAUUUUGUGAAUGGAUCGAAAAACGUAAUAAAGUUCUUUA